AACUUAAUAUUAAAUGUAAAUCAGUUGCAAUGGGAUCACAAGAAGGAUUUACGUUAGCAGAUCAAGCUAUUGCAGCAUCAGUUAAAAAUGGUGAAUGGGUAUUAUUGAAGAAUGUACAUCUUGCACCAUCAUGGCUUGGACAUUUAGAAAAGAAAUUACAUAGUAUGAAACCAAAUAGAAAUUUCAGAUUGUUCCUUACCAUGGAAACAAAUCCAAAAGUACCAGUGAAUUUAUUACGUCUAUCUCGUGUCUUGAUGUUUGAACCACCACCAGGAAUUAAAGCUAAUCUUCACGAAUCACUUAAAAGCAUACCAGCCAGCCGUAUUUCCAAAGGCCCAACCGAAAGAGUUCGUUUAUACUUUUUACUUUCGUGGUUACACGCAAUUGUUCAAGAAAGACUUCGAUAUGUACCACUUGGUUGGACAAAGAUUUAUGAAUUCAAUGAUUCUGAUCAAGAUUUUGCAUUCAAUACUAUUGAUGCAUGGUUGGAUUCAGUUGCUCAAGGCAGAGCAAAUAUAGCACCUGAAAAAAUACCAUGGGAUGCUAUUCGUAUAUUAAUAUCAAUAGUGGCUUAUGGUGGUCGUGUUGACAAUGAAUUUGAUAAACGGCUAUUAGAGAAUUUUGUAAACAAUUUAUUUACACCAACUUCAUAUGAUCUAGACUUUCCACUUGUAAUAUCAGAAGAGGACAAUAAAUUGGUGAUACCUGAAGGAUCUAAAAUUGAUCAAUUCAUGGAAUGGGUUAACAAAUUACCGGAUCGUGAGCCACCAGUAUGGUUAGGAUUACAAAGUAAUGCUGAAAGAGUGCUAGCAACCACACAAGCAAAUGCGAUGCUUGUUAAGAUUUGUAAGAUGAAGAGUUUAUCUGACGAUGAUGAAGUUGCAUAUACUCAAGAAUCAAGUUCACAAUCAUCUGCAGCAUCAUUACAACCAGCUUGGAUGAGAGCAUUAUUUACUACAGUAGACAAUUGGUUGAAGUCAUUACCAGAGAAAUUGAAGCCAAUGAAUCGUACUGCAGAAAGUAUCAAGAAUCCAUUAUUUAGAUUCUUUGACCGUGAAAAUCAAAUUGGACGUAGCCUUUUAAAGAAAAUAAGACAAGAUUUAGAUGACAUUAAAUUAGUUUGUGAAGGAGAAUUGAAACAAACAAAUCAUUUGCGUAUGUUACUUAAUUGCUUAACAAAAGGUAUGAUACCAGAUCAUUGGAAAAAAUAUAAAGUACCUAGAUCGGUUUCUUUGAAUCAUUGGAUUGCAGAUUUCAAGAGUCGUUUACAGCAACUUGAAGAGAUAACAAAGGAGAGCGACUAUACUAGUUUAGAAGUAUGGCUAGGUGGACUUUUUAUGCCUGAGGCAUACAUUACAGCUACACGACAAGCAGUAGCACAAAAACACAAAUGGUCACUUGAAGAAUUAAGAUUAGAAUUUGAUUUAAAUACUGCAGGAUCACCAGAUUCAUUCACAACGGAAGUAGCUGAAACUAAUGAAAACACUGUCAAUCUUCCUGUGUACCUUAACGAAGACAGAAGUGAUUUAUUGUUUGCUGUUAACGUUGAUGCCAAACCUUCUGAAAAGAAAAUGAUUGCUCAGCGUGGCAUUGCAGUAAUUGUUUAUUAA